AUCGGAGCUUUCUGGGCGUUAGAGCCAGAGGUCCAACGCACAGAUACUGGUUCUGCUAACUACAUACUAAUUUAACUAGCUACAUAACUAGCAGGAUAACCACAGCCGAUUCUUCUUUUCAUGAUUCAACAACGUGUUUAAAUUAGGCCCAAACUCUCAACUAGCUGACAGGAAGCUCUAGGUAUGAACUGAGAAUGAAUGUGAACCAGCAGCCUCCCAUUGCGUCUCCCUACGGCCAACCCCAGCCUGGCUACGGCCAGCCCAACUACGCUCCCCUGGGAGGCGGCUACCCUGGCCCCUACGGACCCUACAACGGCCCCGCUACAGCCUACCAGCCUGGGGCUCCACCACAAGGUUACUGUACAUAUGCCAGCUUUCCCUCGAAGGCUGUGGCAGCUAACCCAGUCUCUGCCCUGUCCUCUCCUCUUGACUUGGGAUCUGCCAGGGCCCCCCCUACCUCUGUCCCCCCUCCUGUCUCCACUCCCCAGGCCUACUCCCAGUAUGCCCAGGGAGACAUUCAGAAUGGACCCCCAUCUAUGGAUCACUCUAUGGCUCAGCCAGCUCACAGGCCUCCAGUGUCUCAGCUGUAUAGCCAAGGCGCUAUGAACUUGUCUGGCCCACAACCCUCCUACCCCCAGCAGUACGGGGUGCAGCCCCCUAUGCAACAGGUGACCAAUCAGAUGUCAGGGAUGCAGAUCGGUUCAGGCCCCCUUACCUCUGCUGGGCCAGGAUAUGCUCCGCCUCCCAGCUCCCAGCCUCCAAUCAGUGCUGCCUACUCCGCUGCAGCACCUCCCUCCUAUACACAAGCUCCUCCCCCAGUGUCUGGCUCCCCCUCCCAGCCUCCCCCUCCCAGUGAGCCUGCAGCCCCCCAACCUUACUAUAGUGGGCCUCCUCCCUCUCACCAACAACCCUUCCCCUCCUCCUCUCCAUACUCGGGCCCUCCCCCUUCCAGCCAACCUCGGGCCCCUGCAGUCUCUCAACAGCAGUCCUUCCCACCUGGCCCCCCUCCCCCUGCUCAGCAACCCUUCCCCAACUCUGCCCCUCCUCCAGUAUCCCGGGCCUCAUACUUUGGCCCCCCUCCUCCCAUCCAGCACUCCUUCCCCCCCAGAGGCCACCCUCCCUCCUCCCAACCUGGUCCUUUCCCACCUACCUUUGCACCCCCUGCCCAGUACCCUGCCCCCCAGCCCCCGUCCCAACCCGGGCCCCCUCCCUUCCACUCUGGCCCCCCUCCUCAAGGCCCCAUGCCACCUCCCUCCAUGUCCCAGCAGCAGGCCAACCACCUUCCCCCCGGCCCCAUACAGCAGCCCCCCAUGCAGCAGCCUCCUCAGCCUGGCAUGCAGGGAGGAUACCCACCCCAGCAGAAUGGUGCGUUUGGGCAGCCCGUAGGCCCCCAGACUGGCUAUGCAGGUCCGCAGUAUCCCGGGCAACAGAACUACGGAGCAGGCCCUGCCCCUGCACCCGCACAGAAGAGACUGGACCCUGACUCCAUCCCCAGCCCGCAAGCGUCUGAGCUGCCGGCUGUGCAGAAAUCCAGACAUAGAAUAGACCCAGAUGCUGUCCCCAGUCCAAUCCAGGUGAUUGAGGACGACCGGGCCAACAAGAGCAGCGAGCCGUUCACCACGGGGGUCAAAGGUCAGACUCCGCCCCUGGUCACCACCAACUUCCAGGUGAAAGACCAGGGCAACGCCAGCCCGCGGUUCAUCCGCUGUACGGCCUACAACAUGCCCUGCACGGCCGACAUGGCCAAACAGUCCCAGGUCCCCCUGGCCGCUGUAAUCAAACCUCUAGCCGUGCUGCCCCCCGACGAGACCCUGCCGUACAUCGUGGACCAUGGGGAGGCCGGUCCUAUCCGCUGUAACCGCUGUAAGGCCUACAUGUGUCCCUACAUGCAGUUCAUCGAGGGCGGACGCCGCUUCCAGUGUGGCUUCUGCAGCUGCGUCACAGAGGUGCCUCCCCACUACUUUCAACAUCUGGACCACACAGGGAAGAGGGUGGACUGCUACGACCGGCCAGAGCUCUCGCUGGGCAGCUACGAGUUUGUGGCCACCGUCGACUACUGUAAGAACAAUAAGCUCCCCCAGCCCCCAGCGUUUGUCUUUUUCAUCGAUGUGUCUUACAACGCCGUGAAGAGUGGCAUGGUCAACAUCGUCUGUCAGGAACUCAAAACUCUACUGGACUACCUGCCCAGGGAGAAUCCAGAGGCUGACUCGGUGGUGCGUGUGGGUUUUGUGACCUACAACAAGGUGUUGCAUUUCUACAACGUCAAGUCCAGCCUGGCCCAGCCCCAGAUGAUGGUGGUCAGUGACGUCAGUGACAUGUUCCUCCCUCUGCUCGAUGGCUUCCUGGUCAACGUCAACGACAGCCGGAUGGUCAUCGAGAGUUUGCUAGACCAGAUUCCGGAGAUGUUUGAAGACACCAGGGAGACUGAGACGGUGUUUGGACCAGUCAUCCAGGCAGGACUGGAGGCAUUGAAGGCUGCAGACUGUGCCGGGAAACUGUUUGUGUUCCACUCCAGUCUGCCCAUCGCUGAGGCUCCUGGGAAACUGAAGAACAGAGAGGACAAGAAACUGGUGGGAACAGACAAGGAGAAGUCUCUGUUCCAGCCCCAGUCUGGUUUCUAUAGUAACCUGUCUAAGGAGUGUGUAGCCCAGGGCUGCUGUGUGGACCUCUUCCUGUUCCCAAACCAGUACGUCGACGUGGCAACGCUUGGCGUGGUGCCCGUCUCCACUGGGGGCUCCGUCUACAAAUACACCUACUUCCAGGCUGAGACGGACCGCGAGCAGUUCCUGAAUGAUCUGCGGCGAGACGUUCAGAAGCCGAUGGGCUUCGACGCUGUCAUGAGGGUCCGAACGAGCACAGGUAUCCGAGCGACAGAUUUCUUCGGCUCGUUCUUCAUGAGUAACACAACAGACGUCGAGCUGGCAGGACUGGACUGUGACAAGACUGUUACUGUGGAAUUCCGCCAUGAUGACAAGCUCAGCGAGGACACCGGCGCACUCAUGCAGUGUGCGGUGUUGUACACCAGCUGUAGUGGUCAGCGGCGUCUGCGGGUCCACAACAUGGCGGUCAACUGCUGCUCCCAGCUCGCCGACCUCUACCGGAACUGUGAGACGGACACCAUCAUCAACUUCAUCUCGAAGUAUGCGUACCGCAGCAUAUUGAACACCCCCACCAAGACUGUGAGAGACACCAUGGUGAACCAGUGUGCCCAGAUUCUGGCCUGCUACCGCAAGAACUGUGCCAGCCCCUCGUCUGCCGGACAGGUCAGUCAGUCACUCAGCUCCCCUCUUGGACAGCUGAUCCUACCAGAGUGUAUGAAACUGCUGCCAGUCUAUUUGAACUGCGUGUUGAAGAGUGACGUGCUGCAACCGGGAGCUGACAUCUCAUUAGACGACAGAGCCUACCUGAGACAGCUGCUCAGCUGUAUGGACGUAUCAGAGAGCCACAUCUUCUUCUAUCCCCGCCUACUUCCCCUGGUGAAGUUGGAUGGAGGGUCGUUGCCCAUGGCAGUGCGUAACUCGGAGGAGCGCCUGUCAAAGGGCGGAGUCUAUCUCCUGGAGACAGGGCUCCACCUGUUCCUGUGGGUGGGAGCCAAUGCCCAGCAGGAGCUGCUCAGCAACAUAUUCGGCACGCCCACCUUCAGCCAGAUAGACCCCAACAUGACGAGUCUGCCGGAGCUGGACAACCCGUUCUCCCAGAGACUCCGAGAGAUCAUCGACUCCUUCAGAUCACAACGAUCACGAUACAUGAAGUUGAUGGUGGUGAAGCAGGAGGACAAGGCGGAGCUAAUCUUUAAACACUACCUGUGCGAGGACAAGAGCGUCAGCGGAGGAGCUUCCUACGUCGACUUCCUGUGUCACAUGCACAAGGAGAUCCGCCAGCUGCUCAGCUAGGACCCUUGACCUCUGACACUUCAACCCUGUCCCCCCCCAGGCGCUUUAUCUUUUAUUGACCUAAUAAACUGAACCCCUCUCCCUCUGUCAGCGAGAAGCCAGAGACAUAUACACAGCCUCAUGGCAGAUUCCAUGUCAUCAUUCGACUCUAAACUAUUCCAAAUGUCAAGCUCUAAAACAACUGGAGCUGAUCCACUGGCCAACGGAGGAGGUAGAUUGUGUGUGUGUGUGAGAGUGUGUGUGAGUAUAUGCGAACGUGUGUGUGUGAGAGGGAGAUAACUGCUGUUGAUUGUACUAGGUGUUCUGUCUGUAACACUAGCACUGAAGCCCGUUGUGGGUGUACUCACCGGCCCGCUGGUAGAAACACUUUUUGUUUUUGUACGAUUCAGACCCAGUAGAGCUAAGGAAGAUGACAUAAACUAAACAUAAAUAAAUGAAAUAAAUGCUGUUUUUCCAUCUCUAGAGUUAUUUUUCUAUUUGUCUUAUUCUCUCUCCCUCUCAGACAUGGCCUUGCUCCCUCUCCUCCUGUGUAUUGUGCUCCUCUGUGACUUUUAGAAACACUACGGCAAUAGGAGAGAGGGAGGAGUGUAUAGAGAUAAUCUGUGGUGAUUGGUUAAACUCCCAAUAAAUGUCUAUGCAUCGAAUCAUCCAGACAGGCGAGUGGUUUGAAUUUUCACCUCUGACACCCGAACAGGGUCAACCAGCGUUCGGUCCCACUGUCUCACACAGUAUAGACGGUUUGGUGGAGGUGUGUGUGUGUCAUGUUGUCUUUACUAAUGUGUGCAUCGAAUAAGAGACCAUUCUGACACUGAUGCCUGUUCCCUGUGUGUCUUCCUGGCUGUAUUGUCUUGUCUGUGGGGGGAGGGAGUGACUGGCGGCGCUUCUCUGUUGAGGUCAGUCAGAAAUUGGAGAAAACUAUUUGAAACAAGGAAGUAUAUGUUUUUUGUUUUCUUUUUCGUAGCAGAAUGUUUUGCUACGUUGUCCCUUGCUGAACACGACCUGUGCUCUAAAUACAGCUGUGUCUGAGUUGUCACCCUAAGGACUGUCUGCUGUAGCACCUCAGUUCAUAUUUACAUAUAUAAUCUGCGUAUAUAACCUGUACAGAAUUAAAUCCUCCAUUUUAAA